AUGGCGGCAAGCAGCGAAGAGCAGAUGAAUUUGCUUCUCUCUAGUUUCGAUCAGAUCUGCGAGGAUUUCAAAAGCGGGAUGAAUGAGAUCAACGUUUUCAGAUCAAAGAGCAACGCGGAAACGAGUAGAAGAGAGGCUCUUGAGAUUAGUAAUAAAACUCUUAAAGAAGAGAAUGAAAGGCUGAAGAAGCUAUAUACGGAAUCUCUAAACAAUUUCGCUGAUCAGCUUGAGCAUCGAACUAAGUGCCACUGCUUGAAAGAGGAACUGAAGAGAGUGAAUGAUGAAAGCAAAAGCAAAGAACAUGAACAUAGGAAUACUUUGGAAUCUCUUAGGCAGAAGCAUGCAACAAAGGUUGAGGAGCUAGAGCAUAAAAUCAGAAGCCUUUUGGUUGAAAAGGCAACAAACGAAAUGGUAACUGAUAGGCUUCGCCAAGACUUGACAGUUAACAAAUCACAUAUUCAAGCAAUGUCAAAGAAGCUGGAUCGCGUAUUUUCUGAAGUGGAAUCCAAGUAUGAACUCGAGAUUCAGGAUCUAAAGGACUGCCUUUUCAUGGAACAAGAAGAGAAAAAUGAUAUCAAUAACAAACUUCAGAGCCUGCAGAAGGAAUUGCUUAUUAGUAGAACUACAAUAGCAGAAAAACAGAGGGAUACAACUUCAAAUCGACAGGUCGAGACAUUGAAGCUGAAGCUUAUGAAACUGAGAAAAGAGAAUGAGAUCCUUAAACGUAAACUAUCUUCUUCAUAG